GCUAUCAUAGGUACAAGGUACCCCACAUAUCUACAAAAUUCAAGGUCCAAUAUUCCGUAUCAAAGUUCAUUAUCACGAGCUUUAAUCGACAUAACCUUCUUAAAAAGUACCUGGUCUAAAAAGGACAGCGCAGUUUACCAAAUACUCCUCACCCCUAAGAAACACACUUUAACAUCGCAACACCCGCACAAACAAACCAUCAAUCAAAUAAUACCUAUAAGUCAUCCACCCACCAUGUCACAUCCCCGAAUCGAAGAAGUAUCCGACAGCGACCUCUCGGACCCCAGCGAGGGAGACAUCGAAGACUUCAUCGAAACCGACAUCCUACGCCAAAAAGCCCCCGCGACCACCUCCCGUCCCUCCACCAUCCCCUCCAGCACCAGCAGCAAUCCCACCCUCCUCCACCCCUCCGCCGCCCCCCCAGCCCAACAAGUCCAAGCCAGCGACAUAAAAGACUACCAAAUGCUGUACCCGGUGUACUUCGACCUAACGCGUUCCCGCGCCCAAGGCCGGCGCGUAUCCAAAUCCCUCGCGGUGAAAAACCCCCUGGCGCGCGAAAUCGCCGCCGCCUGCGCCGCGCUGCGUCUAUCCCCCGUCUUCGAGGCGCACCGCAUCCACCCCAAGGACUGGGCGAACCCGGGCCGCGUGCGCGUGAAGCUGGGCGGCAGUAGCAGCAAGAACAAAAACGCUGCCAACCCCUACGCCGCCGACGUCAAGAACAAGCACCACCUGUACGUCCUCGUCGCGCAGCACCUGCAAGCCCACCCCACGACCGACGCGAGCGACGCCCUGCGGCGCGUGCGCGUCCCCGGCCUCGGCGCCCCGAGCGACGACGAGCCCUGGCCGCGGCCCGCCGUCCCGCGCGGCUGGAAGAUGGGCGAGUUAUUACCCGCGUACAGCGCGGCCAUGACGGGCGGUGGGGUUAGCGAGAACGCGUUUAAGGAUAUAAUGCGGGAGAUGCAGGGAGGAGGAGGAGGAGGAGGGGGUCCGGCUGAUAUGAUGAGUAUGCUUGGCCAGGGGCUUGGAGGGUUUGGAGGGGCGGGAGCGGGGGCGAGUGGAAGUGAGGCUGGUGGGGGAGGAGGGGGUGGGAAGAAGGGUAAGAAGGGGAAGGGGAAGGCGUGAGUGAAAUUAUGAGGUUUCGAAAGGGAAAUGGCUUCUGAGAUGGGAUGGGAUGAGAUGAGUUGAGAUACGGGAUGUACGGCUCUCCGAGGUAGAAAAAAGGGGAAAUCACUCAGGGAGUAUAAGCUCCCACUAUCAUGGCAUAUCCACUACGAACAAAUCUCUACAACACCAAGAUAUAAAUAAAUCAAUGAAUACAUCAUAAUGGAC